AUGGCCCUUACUACUCCUCCGCUUGGCUACCCCGUACCGACCGCCCGUCAUGCCGUAUCUGUACAGCUUCCCACCUGGUCCGACAUGUGCGAUUUUGCCGCUGGUGACCCCCGAGUGAAGUCAGCACAAAGAACAGGAUAUCCACGGUCGUUUCUGCAUAAGGAUGUUGUAGAGGUGUCCAAUGCGAUUCUCAGACGCUUCCACUCAAAUGACUCGGUCCUUGUCUAUCUCAGUGCAGCAUCGGCAUCAGCAUGCAGGACUGCAAUGGAGAAGAAUGGCGACAAGGCCGCAGCAUCUCAAAUUGUCAUCCGUGUGAUCGAGGCCAAUAUCAACAGCGUUGACCAGGCUGACCUAGCAGGGUCGCUUGUUUACCUCCAUGCUGUGUUCUUCCCAAAGACCCUCUCGCCUGAAGCGCUGACAUUCUGGAGACUGACGGGCCUCGGGAUCUCAUCGAGGCUGGCAGAGGCAUGUCUGAAGUAUCUCGGGAGUGUUCGCGAAGCGUGGAUGCCAGGAACAAUGACAGCCCAGCUGGCGCCCACAAAAUCCGGUACAGUCUCCCGUAAUCGGGUAUGCACGAGAAUUGUGGACCUCCUCCAGCGAGCUCCCCUCGACCCGCAAGCAGUGGAGGGUCUCACCGCGGAUGAUGUUUACCUCUACCAGACGGGCAUGGCUGCUAUAUACCAUGUGCAUCAACUACUUCUAGCCUGGCGGGGAACAGAAAGCGUGGUGUUUGGGUUUCCGUAUGAAUUAACCCUGAAGCUGCUGGAGGAGUAUGGACCGCGCACUCGGUUCUACGGCUUCGGCACGGAAGAGGAAAUCGAUGAUUUAGAGGCCUAUUUGGCUCUAGAGGCUAAAGAAGAUAGAACAGUUCAGGCUGUGUGGUGCGAAUGCCCAUCGAAUCCGUUAUUGAGAACACCCAACUACGCUCGUCUGAGACGGUUGGCAGAUCAAUAUGGGUUUGCCAUCGUGGUUGAUGAGACAAUCGGCAGCUUCGCCAAUGUUGAUAUGUUUGGAGUGGCCGAUAUAGUGGUCACGUCGCUUACAAAAAGCUUCAAUGGAUUUGCAGAUGUGAUGGCUGGAAGUAUCAUUCUCAACCCUUCAAAGCCAUAUUAUCAGGAUCUCAAAAAGCUCAUGUCCCUGAACUACGCCUCCGAGAUCUACGAUGGAGAUAUCGCCCAGCUCGAGUUGAACAGUCGGAGUUUUCUCGCGCGUGCCACUAAAAUCAACACCUCCGCUUCGUCGCUCGUUGAUCACCUUUACGCCCAGUCAAAAGCCCCGAACAGCAGCAUCACCGCGGUCUAUUAUCCUACGGUCUGCUGGAGUACGGAAAACUACCGCGCACAGAUGCGCCACAACACGCCUGAAUUCAAUCCAGGGUAUGGAGGGCUUUUUACCCUCGAAUUUGACACUGUGGCAGCCUCGGAGGCCUUCUUUAACGCGUUGAAUGUUCAUAAAGGUCCUUCGUUGGGGGCACAAGUCACUCUUGCCCAACCUUACGUUCAGACUGUCUUCAGCAAAGAGAAACCCUGGGCAGCCAAGUACGGAUUAAGGGAGACGAUUGUUCGGAUUUCUGUUGGGUUGGAAAAUCAGGAGGAGCUGUUGAAGGCAUUCCAAGUGGCGGUCUACGAAGCUGAUAAAAUCAAGCUCUCCCCUCUUCGCUCGAACCUGUGA